UUACACAUGAAAUUGUAUUGCACUUGCUGUAUUGAAGAGCACACAUACUCGGGAAGGAGAAGAAGACCACGAGAAAGGAGGAAGAAAUGUCUGCGAGAGGAAAGCGAAAAGAGGACGAAGAUCAUGUAUCUGAGGGAGAUGCUCCUCCAAAGAAGACAUUCAGGAAAGAUUCCGAUGAAACUGAUGAAAUCGUUGUCUGCGAGAUUUCGAAGAACCGUAGGGUUAUGGUGAGGAACUGGCAAGGAAAGAUUGUGGUGGAUAUUCGGGAGUUUUAUGUCAAAGAUGGAAAGCAGAUGCCUGGAAAGAAAGGUUACAUAUCAUCUUGGAGUAAGCCAAUCCGACCUGGAGGAGCUCAUCUCUCUCUUUAUGACAAUUGGGUAGCAAGCUUCCCAAACUAUAUGCCAAGAUCGAAGAAGAACAUGGAGCCUUGACAUGAUGUCAUGGUUCGAGAUGUGGCAGAAUUUGUUGCACCAUCGUCCUCGAAGAAUGGCUCUCGAAAGCAACUCGUUUCCUAUGGACAGGUUGCCAAAGGUGAUGCAUAGAAUUGGCUGAUGAGAUGUGAUGAGAGGGUUUGAAAUGGAAGAAUGAGAGCAGCCAAAGAGUACAUAGAGUGGCUGCUUCUCCUCCAAGUGAAUGAGCUGUUGUAAUUCUCCAUUACUCUUGUCAUCUGCAAUAUUUGAGAUCAUGUUUUGUCAUACCAAUAAUUCUUUUUACAGCAUGUUUGAUAGUGC